AUGAGCACUGGAGCAGGAACCCCGUACAUCGGCAGCAAAAUCAGCCUGAUAUCCAAGGCACAGAUCCGCUACGAAGGAAUUCUGUCCUCCGUCGACACAGACCGGUCCACAGUCGCUUUGGCCAAAGUGAAAUCCUACGGGACAGAGGACAGACACACUAUCCGACCAGUGCCACCAAAAGACGAAAUUUAUGAAUACAUCAUUUUCAGGGGAAGUGAUAUCAAGGAUAUCACUGUGUCCGAGCCACCGAAGUCUCACCAUGGACUUCCCCGGGACCCUGCCAUCGUGCAGUCAUCCAUUGGCAGCUCCUCUGCAGGGUAUCACCCACGAUGGAGUCCAUACAGGGACAUGAUGCCCACCUACAACCAGCUGGCAGCUAGUUCUCUACUCAACCAGCAGUACAAUGCUGCACUAGGUCUAGUACCAGGACUUCAUGGCAUCCCGGUCAGAAGAGCCCCCAUGGUGGAGCAGGCUGUCCAGACCGUGCCACUGGUCAGUGCUGCCCCGAGGAGAGGGAAAGCUUCAACCCAGCCUCUGAGCAGACCGCCUGUUCGCACAACCCAACAGUCUGGUUCCCAGCUUCAGAAGGAGAACGUACCCACCAAGCGGGCACCCUCCCAGCCAACUGCAGCCAAGAUUCAAAGUCAAGCUACGGAGAACCAGAAGCAAAGGCAAAAACAAGGCAGUCGCAGGUCCAGGAAUCGAAGCAGAGGCCAACUUAUUGUUAAAAACUCCAAGGCUACAACUCUGCAGUUUGACUCCGACUUUGAUUUUGAAACUGCAAACGCUCAGUUUAAAGAUGAUCUUACAAAGGAGGUUGUAGUUGAGAAGGUGGAGACUGAAGAGGCCCCAGAAUCUCCGUCUAUGGAGGAGGAGGAAACUACUCCUGAUAAAUACUACGACAAAACCAAAUGCUUCUUUGACAACAUCUCCUCAGACCUGAAACCCAGGAGAACAACAUGGGCCGAGGAGAAGAAGCUGAACAUGGAAACAUUUGGAGUGCCCGGCCGCUUCCUGAGAGGCAGAGGAUUCCGAGGCCGAGGGAGCAGGGGCCAGAGUGCCACUGAGCAGCGACCCCUCCCAAAAGUUGGCAGUGGGAGAGUGUAA